GGGCCGGGUCUAGUGUCGCGAGCAUGCCAAUAGAUGUGUAAAGGCUGUGGGAGAUGGGUCUCCGGGGUCCUUGGUCUCCGGCUGAUGGAAUCUGGGAAGUCCGAAACCACCAUUUUAGAAUCAGGCUUGGAACGGGCUAAAAACACCACCUCGCAAGCCCAGCUAAUGCCCCGCCCUCCACGCCGGAGGUCCGGAAGCGGACGUGAUGGAUACGGAAGUAGCCUGCUGUUGCCGAGGGGACGGGACGGGCAGAUGCCAACAUGGCAGCGGUUGGGGUUGGCGGAUCAUCCGCGGCGGCCGGGCCAGGGGCCGUGUCCGCGGGCGUGCUGGAGUCUGGGUCCGCUACAGCGGCUCACCGGCGCCUCAAGUACAUAUCCUUAGCUGUGCUGGUGGUCCAGAACGCCUCCCUCAUCCUUAGCAUUCGAUAUGCUCGCACCCUGCCUGGGGACCGCUUCUUUGCCACCACCGCUGUAGUCAUGGCUGAAGUACUCAAAGGUGUCACCUGUCUCCUGCUGCUCUUCGCACAGAAGAGGGGUAAUGUGAAGCACCUGGUUCUCUUCCUCCAUGAGGCUGUCCUGGUGCAGUAUGUGGACACACUCAAGCUUGCUGUGCCGUCUCUCAUCUAUACCUUGCAGAAUAACCUCCAGUAUGUUGCCAUCUCCAACCUGCCAGCUGCCACUUUCCAGGUGACAUAUCAGCUGAAGAUUUUGACUACAGCACUGUUCUCCGUGCUCAUGUUGAACCGCAGCCUCUCACGCCUGCAGUGGGCCUCCCUGGUACUGCUAUUCACUGGUGUUGCGAUUGUCCAGGCACAGCAAGCUGGUAGCGGUGGCCCUCGGCCACUGGAUCAGAAUCCCGGGGCAGGACUAGCAGCUGUCGUGGCCUCCUGCCUCUCCUCAGGCUUCGCAGGGGUCUACUUUGAGAAGAUCCUCAAAGGCAGCUCAGGUUCUGUGUGGCUGCGUAACCUACAGCUAGGCCUUUUUGGCACAGCACUGGGCCUGGUGGGGCUCUGGUGGGCUGAGGGCACUGCUGUAGCCCAUCAAGGCUUCUUCUUUGGGUACACACCUGCUGUCUGGGGUGUGGUACUAAACCAAGCCUUUGGUGGGCUCCUGGUGGCUGUCGUUGUCAAGUAUGCUGAUAACAUCCUCAAGGGCUUUGCCACCUCCUUGUCCAUUGUGCUGUCCACUGUUGCCUCCAUUCGCCUCUUUGGCUUCCACCUGGACCCUUUAUUUGCCCUGGGCGCUGGGCUGGUCAUUGGUGCCGUCUACCUCUACAGCCUCCCCCGAGGUGCAGUCAAAGCCAUAGCCUCCACUUCUGCCUCUGCCUCCGGGCCCUGCAUUCACCAGCAGCCUCCUGGGCAGCCACCGCCACCGCAGCUGUCUUCUCGAGGAGACCUCAUCACGGAGCCCUUUCUGCCAAAGGUUGGGGCACUGCUAUUCCAGGCUUUUCCCCACGACCCUCUGCUGGAGAUGUCCUGUCUCUCAUGCCUGGGACAGUUCAUCCCAGCCAUCCUGCAGACUGGACAAAAGCCCUGCAGCUCUUCAGUAACGACUAAUGACUACCCGUGGGGUUCCAUUUCCUAUUGUGUGAGGCCUUCUCUCCUGCACCAUCACCCUGGAUCAUGUCAACAGCUUGGUCUCUGAUGUGGCUUUUGGGCAGUUUCUCUGGUACAGAGACCCUUGAAGAUCGGCCUGUUGUAAGUGCCUGGAGUGAGGAGAGAGGCACAAGCUGAGAAUUUUGCAUCAGCUCAUGUUGGGGAGGGUGCAAUAAGCACCAUUCGCUGUUCAGUAGUUUGGGCAUUUGUGAUAAUCAGAUUACUAAUGAUCCAGAGUGUUGGGGAAAUGGGGAGGGGAAAUCCUGAAGUGGCUGAAUCUUACGUAAUUGAAGAGACGGAUGAAGGAUUGAUUAUCUUCUGAAACAUCCAGAGAGGAAAAAUAAAGCUGCCAGUCCCACCCUCAGCCCCAUUGGCCGUUUAAAACACCCUUACUUCAUGGCGGGUGUCAGAAUUGAUGAGUCAUGGAACCUGCACCCCCGCACUCCCCAAAGCUUAUUAACUCCUUAACUGUAUCCCAGAUGUGUGUGCCUGUGUGUGUGUGAGUGAAUGUACGCACGCGUGUGCAUAAAUACACGCAUGGAAGGUGCCUGGGCUGUCUUUGCUAUUGUAAAUAGGGCCAUUGGAUCUUUAUUUUUGAUUAAUUUGUUCUGAUUUUUGGGAGGGUGUUGUUUUCUAAGGAACUGUAAUGGACAUGUCAGGAUACCCAAUGCCAAAUAAAGAUGUUGUAUUUAUUUA